CACAGCAACACAGAGAUAAGUCUGCAAGAAUAUUUUGGAAAAUGGAACCAAUGUACAAAAAUGGCAAGAUAAUACUGUAAUGUGAGAUGCUGAACACCCAAGUCUGGAGGGACAACUUGACACUGUGUGCUCAGAAUAAAACCUUUCUGUUUCUGACUUGGCCAAUGAGGCACAUCUUUAUUUAAAGUGGCCUAUAAUUUUCUUUUCUAAUCCAAGUUUUGACUUCUUAAAGAGAAAAAAGACAGUUGCAUGGAAAUGCAAAAUCUAAGAACCAAAGGACCUCAUUUCAUGUUGUAAAUGAGGUCACAAGGAAAAGUAUCUAAGUUUCAACAAUUUUAUAUUCUGGCUAUUUCCUUGGUCAUAUGGAUCCAAUGCUACACCAAAAUCUUCAGGCAUCUACAAUAGCCUAGAAAAAUGUACUGUCCAAACACCCAGUAAGUUUAUGUAUUCUAGGCUAAACUGGUCCUCAUAAAGAAAUAAAAUUUUAAUUCCUAUCUCCAUACUGUCUUUGGUAUGGGAAAUAGAUUAGCUUAAAAGAUUGUAUUGUGUCAAAGGGAUAAAAGGAUUAAAAUGUUAAAUUUUAAUACAGAUGAUCCUUGGUUGCCUGUAUCAUAACGGCAGAAUUCAUGAAUUAUCUCAGAUUUCAAAUACUUGUUUUGAGAGAUAGGAUGACAAAGGACUCGCACUUGUAGAUACUGGUACACAUUCUUAGGUCAGAAUCAAUUAUUAUAAAACCUAUAUUAAAGUUAAUAAUCUGCUAGAAUCCUCUCAGUUUGGCUUGUCUUGACUCAAGAUCGAGUAUGCCAGGCAAAACCAGAGUUCGGAGGUCUUUGAAGAUAGACUCAAGAGUUCAUCUGAUCGGCCGGAAGUGUGGUGAGCACUCUCGCGAGAGCUGAAGGGUACCAACGAUGAUGACGGCAGCUGGAGGAAGGAAGAGAAGGAAGGAAGAGAAAACCGGAAGUGCUACAUCUUGAGCGGCCAAGGCAGAAAGCAACCUGACUUUCUUUACCGGAAGCCCUUUUCCAGGGUAUAGGGAAACGGUCCGCCUGCCUGGAAGUCCCACAUUUUUUAACUCCCCCAUCUUUUCAUAAGUUUUCCUGUCGUCUAUGCUUGCUUCUGUGCUCUUUCCCCGUUUUAUCUGUAUACCAGAAAAGGAUUCAUUAAUGUCUCUCUCCUAGCUCCACUAAACGGGUGGAGCCGGCUUUCCUUCCCUGUACCAUCAUGUAGCUAGGAAGUAGCACGUAGGGGCAGUUGGACCUCUGGGAACCCAAAGGAAGAGGGGAGGGCACAGAACUAUGCUUCUGCCACCAGGACACAGCCUCUUCCGCAUUUCCCCCAGUGCUGUCGCCAUGCCCCCUACGGCCCUCUGUCUUCCUGUGGUCGUGGCCACUCUGCUGUGGGGAGCGUCCCCUGUCAGGGGACUCAUUCGAGCGACUUCUGACCACAAUGGCAGCAUGGAAUUUGCAGACCUCCCAGCUCUCUUUGGGGCUGCCUUGAGUCCGGAAGGACUUAAGGGGUUUCUCGUGGAGGCUCAGCCAGCCAACGCCUGCAGCCCCAUUGCCCCACCUCCCCCAGCCCGGGCCAACGGAUCAGUUUUCAUUGCACUGCUUCGAAGAUUCGACUGCAAAUUUGACCUCAAGGUCCUACAUGCUCAGAAGGCCGGGUAUGGUGCAGCCGUGGUGCACAAUGUGAAUUCCAAUGAACUGCUGAACAUGGUUGGGAGUAACGAAGAAGUCCAGCAGCAGAUCUGGAUCCCUUCUGUGUUCAUCAGCGAAAAGAGCUCUAAGUACUUGCGUGCCUUCUUCAUCUACCAGCAGGGAGCUCAGGUGCUUCUGGUCCCUGAUAAUGCAUUCCUCUCCACCUAUUUUUUCAUCCUUUUCUAUGGGAUUUUGGCAAUGCUCAUUUUGGGCACGGGAGCCAUAGUGAUAGUUCAUUGGAUCCAUUUCCAGAAACAGCGCUGGCGGAAUCGGCUGACGCAAGAGCAACUGAAACAGAUUCCUACCCACGACUAUCGCAGGGGAGACCGGUAUGAUGUAUGUGCCAUCUGCCUGGACGAAUAUGAGGACGGGGAUAAGUUGAGGGUCCUCCCCUGUGCUCAUGCCUAUCACUGCCGCUGUGUGGACCCGUGGCUCACUCAGACCAAGAAGACGUGCCCUAUUUGUAAGCAGCCUGUUUGCCGGAAUCUUGGGGAGGAGGAGCAGGAAGAAGGAACUCAGGUGCAAAUGGGCCACGAGGAAGGGGGCCUGAGAAGCCUCCCUGCUUCAGAGCGGACCUCACUUCUGGGCUCCAGCACCGUACUUCCCACUAACUUUGGCUCCUUAGCCCCGGCCCCCUUUGUGUUUCUUGGGUCUUCAACAGAUCCCUCACACUCUCCAUCCUCCUCUUCCUCUUCCGCUGUCAAUCUCAUCUGAUACUCCCUUUCCUUUCCACCUUUAACAACAGAUUUGCAGAGACCCUUUUCCUCCCUCAAGUAUUCCAAGUUGAGUGAUAAGAGAUAGUUCUACCUCAGCUUUCUCCCUUACCCAACGCCUUCCUCCUGAGGGAUUUGGACGUGCAGAGGGACUGGAUCUUCACUUACUGGGUUAAUAAAAAUGAUGCAUGCAAAUCCAUGGGUGAGAGCUGUCAAAAACAAUUUAAAAGAGCAUAUUUUUAUUAUUUGUGUUAAGGAUGAAAAAAUAAUUUUAAAUAUUAUUUUAAGUAACAGAAUAUCUUAAAUUGACUUUGCUAUAUUAACAUUUCAAAUUUGUCCACAUAAUGCAAUUUCUCAUAAAAAUUUCAGUGUUUCUAGUUUACCUGUUUUAGAGUGGGUGCAUAUGAAGUAGUCUACUGCUGCUGCUAACUUGCUUCAGUCGUGUCUGACUCUGUGCGACCCUAUGGACAGCAGCCCACCAGGUUCCUCUGUCCACAGGAUUCUCUAGGCAAGAAUCCUGGAGUGGGUUGCCGUUUCCUUCUCCAAUGAAGUAGUCUACACCUAUCUAAAUGUUUGUCAUCAGGUAGUGCCUAAAGAAUGCAAAGCCCCUGCAGUGUCUACAUGGUCAUGAGAAAAAAAUAACUGGGUUGUAGGUCUCUAAUCCUCUGCUUUUCCUGUAAAGUGGCUCUGUAAAAAGAUUUAGUUGCCUUAUAGCAUGUGAUCAUUAGUAUUCUAAUCCUACUAAUUGGGGUGGAAUUUUAAGAGAAUGCUUUUUAGCUUUGUCUUUUCCUCUCUUGAAAUUAAAAACCGAUUUAAGUGAAGGGAACAUGCAACAUCAAAUACUUUUCACUUGAGAGUGGUAACUGUUCAUCCAUGCCAAGUGUCUUCUGUGUUUAGAGAUACCUGUGUAAUUGCAAAAGAUGGGAUUUGUAUAUGGAACCAUUGAAUAUGCCCUUCCUUUUUAGAAAUUAAGGUUAUUUUCACCCUUUAAUGAUUGUUAAUGUUAGCUAAGCUAUUUUUCAUUUGUAUGGCCAAUUUCAACUCAUCUCAAACUUUCAAACACUACAUUGAUAAUGCAAAUGACUAAAUACUCUCAAUAUAGCUCUUUGGAUUAGAAUGUUUAGUUUCAUGCAAGCCUUGAAAUAAACUCCU